CAAAAAGAGAUGAGAAUGGGAGAAUAAGCGCAAAGCAAACAAAGUAAAGCCUCUUCUUGCUUUCCUCUCCUCCAUCCUCUUCUUUUUCUCUUACUUUCUUGCCUCUGCUAUUCCCUCUACCUAGUGCGAUUCUACCUCCACCUUCUCCCUAAAGACCCAUCAAACUUUAUAAAAAAGAAACAAAAAAAAAAAAAACAAACACUCUCACACACACAAAAGGAUCGAAGCACCAUGGUUUUCUCUUCUAUUCCAGUCUAUUUAGAUCCUCCCAAUUGGCAGCAACAACAAAAUCAACAUCAGGCAAAUGGCAGUAACAGUCCUCAGAUGCUUCCCACCAUGCCUCAACACCCACAGGAUCCUCACGUCGGAGUUCAUGAAGCUGCAGGCUCAAUCCGGCCCGGUUUGAUGGCGGAUCGGUCUAAGAUUCCGGCCCAGGAAGGAGCUCUCAAGUGUCCUCGCUGUGAAUCCACCAACACAAAGUUUUGCUACUUCAACAACUACAGCCUCUCUCAGCCGCGGCACUUUUGCAAGACUUGUAGGCGUUAUUGGACAAGAGGUGGCGCUCUCAGGAACGUUCCUGUCGGUGGAGGAUGCCGUAGGAACAAGAAGAACAAAAGGAGUCGCUCCAAAUCUCCGGUUCCUACUGAGAAAUCAUCACUUCCCAAUCCCACAAACGCUAUGCCUGAGCUUAUUGGUCGAUUCCCACAACCUUUCAUGGCCUCUCUUCAGAGUAUGAACCGCUAUGGUGCAGGGAACGCUGGUGUUAACUUGCGUGAGAUGCAAGCUCAGAACGGUUCGCAUAUGGGGUUUCAAAUUGGUGGUCAGGGUCAUGGUUCAAGUGUUACUGCUGCUGGAGGAGGAUUGGAACAGUGGCGGUUUCAGCAAUUUCCUUUCUUGAAUGGUUUUGACUCAGCUUCUGCUGUUUCUUCCUACCCUUUUCAAACUGAAAGUGUUGAAGGUCUGGUUGGAGAUAUUGCCGCAAGUUCUAGGGUUACUCAGCUGCCACCACGAGUUAAAUUGGAAUACAACGGUGGUUUGAAUUUGUCGAGAUCUCCUUUGAGUGUGUCAGAAAAUAGUAACCAUUACUACUCAUGGACGGAUUUAUCCGGUCUUGCAUCUUCUUCCGCUAGUCAUCUCUUGUAACUUUGAUUGGUUAGAGAAAAGAGAAAUUCUACGGUAGACACAGAAAUGUAAGGGUUUUGGUACUGUUAUUUUUUUUUAUCAAUAGUUGAAUGAGUUUCCAUCUAAUCAAGUCACUCUCUCUGCUGACAUGAUUGAACUCGUUUAGUUAUUGAUCCAAAAAAUAACUGUACCAUUAAACUCUUACAUUUUUUAUAUCAGUUCUAGGAUGGCAGCACUCCGGGUUCCACCGUCUUCACGCGUCAGUGUUAACAGAAAUCAGGCUGGUAGAAUUUAGUCUUCAAUUGUAUAUUUUCUUGUCAUUGGUUUUGUUUAUGUUUCUUCAUCGAGCCUAGUGUCUUCUAUGUUCUAUUGAGCUUUCUGUGUAAAACAGUGUGUGCAUGUACUGUGUUUUGUUUGUUUACUGCGCGAUAUCAUUCGGUUCAA